CUCCCACCUGAUCCAUACCGAACCGCACUUGUUAUCCUCUAGCAUCACCCUGCAUAGCUUAAGGUUAUUCCGGGUGCAGUAAACUUGGCGGCCUACCACGGGCUGAUCCUGUCUUGCGCAUUGCAUUGCGUCUAUCGGGCAUCGACUUCUAUCCAACGUGCCUGUCGAAUAUCCUGUUAUGCGAGCAUCACUCCACACAAUCGACUUAUCUCAUUCUCUUCUUCUAUCUUCAAAGCUCUGGCCCCGUGUAAACAUUCCUCGUCAACGACCAAUCGCCCAAUAAACCCUGUCACAUCAAUCCCAGAACAGUCAUCUUUACGUGGCUGCGCCAACUACCCACGUAUCUGACCGAAUCUUAUUCCGGCCGGUCUUAGCAGAAUACCGUCCAAAAUUACACACUGGCCAUAAGAUGUGGCGAUAACUACGCAAUAAGGGUGUGGACAAGUAGCAGGAGGCUGAAAUCACACUCCCCAGCGGCGCAGCCAGGAUGGGUAAUUCUCAAACAAAGGAAGCACGUGGGCAGGGUUCUGCCAGCUCUCGGAUCAACGGCAGCUCGAGCCCAACUUCACGGCAGGAAUCACAGGCGAACGGCACUGAGAUCCCAAUCCGCCCGUAUUCGUCUUCUCGACAAACACGACCAGGUCGACACGAUUUCUCGUUUCUCGGAAUAGGCGGAAGCAAUGACCAAGAUGCUUCAUCCCUCGAAGCAAGGAGAGAAACCAAGGUGGAAAGGGAGGCAAGGAAGGCCGAGAAGGAGAGAGCUACGAGACUGAAGGAACGAGAGCGCAGCAUGAAAGAAGAGAACGUCGAUGGAGGUUAUCUCGUCACACAAGGUGUUUAUGUUGGCACUGAGGACUUUAAUAAAGGGAUUGUGCGCCAACUCAUGAUUGAACGCAGACUGGCACCUUUCUGGAGAGGUUUGAAUGACUUUUCAGAGUCCUGGGCAGAGCAUCAACUCAUGGCCGCUGCUCGCGGCAUGGCAAUUCCUCCAGCCGACGAGGUGCCUCCGGAAUUGGAAUACCAAUUAGCCAAAAGAAUUACAGCCGAUAAAACUACUCAAUCGGCCCUGAAGAAUCUUACAAUACCAAUUGGUGGCCGGUCGCAUUCAUUUCAGUCAGAUAGCUCGGCUCCGCUAUCACCCGCCAUGAACUCGCUACCCUUACCAUCUCCAAGUUCACCACCUCCUACAAGCUUGUCGGGAACCAAUAUACUAAGCCGAACUCGAGCGAAGACGUUAGCUUCGCUGACAACUUCAUCUCGUGGCAACUCCCAGGCUGAUAUGACUCCAAGAGAGUUUCAGCUGCCUCCGGAUCCGUUUGUCAAUGGGCAACCGAUCGAGGUCUACCUCUACAAGGAUGCAUCAGAAUGUCCGAUUUGCUUUUUAUAUUAUCCUCCGUAUCUCAACACUACCAGAUGUUGCGAGCAACCAAUCUGCUCGGAAUGUUUUGUGCAGAUCAAAAGGCCAGACCCCCAUCCUCCGGAACAUGAACAGCCAGAUCCAAAUGCGCCCCCGGUGUCUGAGGCAGAACGUGAAGCACAAGCGGAAGGCUUACUUGUUUCUGAGAUAGCGACCUGCCCAUACUGCAAGACCCCCGACUUCGGUAUUACAUACACAGCGCCACCUUUCCGUAGAGGCCUCACUUAUGGGGUUGGGUCUCAGCCAUACCAGGUGAUGUCAGCAAGGUCAUCUCAGACCUCGAUAUCCUCGGGCGCAGUAUCUCCAGGUCCUGGUCGGCGACGGGGAACCUCCCUAUCGGCCAAUGCGCCAGAAGUGAUCACCACUGACAAGAUCCGACCUGAUUGGGCCACCAAAUUAGCGGCAGCUCGCGCUCAUGCAGCUCGCCGCUCAGCAGCAGCUACAGCUCUUCACACAGCGGCCUACUUGAUGAACGGGCAAACUGCCGAUUCUCGAUCCUUUUCAGGAUUCAGCCGCCGAAACAUGCUUAGGCGAUCUACUCUCGAUAAUGCGGACAGCAACACGAACUCGAGCUUGAGUGCUCUGGCCAUACUGGCAGAACGCCAUGCCGCACGCCAGCAGGAAGCGGAGACCAGAGAAGGUCGUGCAAACGCCGCCUUGCCUCCUCCACGAGGAAGUAGCUCUCGAAGAAGCCGAAUGGAUGACCUUGAAGACAUGAUGAUGAUGGAAGCCAUAAGGUUAAGUCUGGCUUCGGAGGAAGAACGUCGCAGAAAAGAAGAAAAAGAGGCUCGUAAGGAAUCGAAGCGAAAAGAAAAGGAGGCCAGGAAGGCGGAAAAGGCUGCACGGAAGAACAGCCUGUUCACGCUUAAUUCGAACACCAGUACUCCUGACGCUUCUAGCAUGGAACGAUCCCGUAGCAAUUUGUCUCUCGGCGCAGAUGAUGACUCCAUCUCAGGUAAAGGCAAAGGAGUUGAGCGUAACGGUGCUUCGUCUCCAGAUGGCGCAAAGGUCGAAGAUGAAGCGCCACGACCAUCCUACAUCCCAGCUUUGUCACUUUCGGGCACUAGUCAAGAAUCCGUCGCAUCAUCCAUUCCAAUUCCAACGGCAUCCGAACCGUUCCGUCGAUCGCAUCUUCGACAAAUGUCAAAUGCAUCAUCGGCUUCGUCGUCAUUUGUUGAGCCAGGAGCUGCAGCCACAUUUUCGGGUUCUGGAACACCGCCACCAGGAAGCUUGGAACCCAUGUUCAACUUCAGAAGCCUUGCCGCUAUGAUCGGCCAAGAGGACAAGGGAGAAACCAGCAGUCACGUUGAGCAUGCUGAGACACCUUCUCCAGCCGAGGCUGAACAUGCGCGAGACCAGUCUCCCCUGAUUAAGGAAGUAGAGCAAUCAAAUGUCGGGGAUAUGAGUCCGUCUAGGUCCUCAGUCUCUGAUUCCAGGAAAGGGUCAGAUGAUGACUCCGGGCUGAAGAAGGAGGGGCAUGCUGUCGAGACGUCUGCUACUGUAUCAGAUGUAUGAGAUUUCCUUCAAAAGGAUGAAUCCUCUGGGCACAACUUCAGAGAUAUGUCAGGAUAUGAUAUGAGGCGUUCGGAGCGAUUGCCUAACGAGUCAUCGCGGACAGGGAGAAAAAGUGUAUGGAAUCGUUUUGGAACUGAUCACAAUCGUUGCGAGCAUAGAAUGUUGGAACUUUGAAACGAUGUACAUGAAGCUGGAGUGGUUUUAUGGUCACUCACUACCUCAUCUUUAGGAGUCGAGGAAGGGUAUUUGUUACGAGGCCAUAUAUAGGUACUUCUGGCUGGCGUGCAGCUUUUCAAAUAUAUAGAGAUUUUAUAUCUUUACUGGUUGUGUCGUGAUGGCAUUGUUAGG